AUGGCCCAUAACCUGAAGUUCCUGUUAGUCUUAAUUUUGGUUAAUUUUUCCGGGUCUGACGACCCAAAGUCGAAUAUUCUAAGGCUCAGCAGGCCCAAAUCUACGACACUUAGAUCUACAAGUGAUUUUAAGGUUGAUGACAACAGUGAUAAUGAAAAAACCGAAGUUUUGAGAGAUCGGCUGCUGGCUUUCAGUAAAAAUAAUCCAGAGUCGGAUUGGAAGACUUAUUUGAAGAUUGUCAAUGACAAAAAUGAGACUGAUGGUGUCAGUGAUCUAGAUCUUGAGUUCUCUAAAGAUAAAUUUGAGCUUAACGCUAACAGUAUUCAGUGGUUGAAUGAUAUAUACGAUCCGUUAAGAUGGCACCGAAUUCCCGGAAAAUUGACACCCCAGUGUCUCAGAGACAUGGAAUUGUUCAUCAAUUCGCUGAGGGAUGGAAAACUUUGGGCUGCUAAGAUGUUAGACGCAAGCGGCCGAUACAAUUCGCAGUUUCACUUUGGAAAUGGAUUCUGGCUCGGCUCCAGCUCCCUCUGCAAAGAAUUGAAUACCACCGACGAGGAUGGUAUCAGUCCGAUAAAUCCAAUUAUUUCUAAUGACGAGUUACCGCCAUAUUUAAUUAAGUUUCAUGUUGUUCGAAUGGGGUUGUCAUUUCCACGCAAUAUUGAACCUUCCACUCGUCAAAUAUUCUUAGGACUAUGUUUACCUGCAACCUGCGACCGAAUUUCCUUAGGCUCGAUGUUAAGGACAAGCGUGGAACGGGUUGAAAGGCUUGGAAAUGGGACUCACGGGCCCCAUGGCCCAAAAAUCACAAUUGUUACAGUGAAGCCAGUGCCCUCUAGCGACUACUCGGUCUGGAAUGAUUCGAAAUUAUAUAUUCUUGGAGGAGUAGGCGGAGUAAUAGCGCUACUAAUGCUAAUAGCAACAGUAUAUGAUUAUCGUCGGCUAACAGAAGACCCAGACAUUGAAUCAACAGCUCCAGGGAGAUUUUGGAUGAAAUGUCUCUUAUCAUUCAGCCCAAUAGAAAAUGGCUCAAAAAUUCUCUCCACUGACCCCGCAGCCCGCGACAACUUGACUUGUCUCCAUGGACUACGAGUCCUUUCUUUAGGAUGGGUCAUCCUGGUCCACACUUAUCUGCAAGUAUUCUCAAUUGCCGAGAACAAGACCUUACGCACGGUCACUGAAAGGAAUUUUAUGUUCCAGACUAUUAGCAACGCUACCUUUUCCGUUGACACUUUUUUCUUUAUUAGUGGACUUUUAGUGACAAUUCUGUUUUACCGAUCAAUGGGGGCUAUCAAGAGUGAUAGCAAUAAUUUUUUACGAUCAAGUUCUACAAAAUUUUUUAUCAUGGUACUCUACAGAUUUGUCAGGUUAACACCAGCGUACUUAUUUGUACUGGGAAUAAACGAGCUAGCGAUAAAACAAGCCCAGGCAACAACAGUAUUCUCCCCAGUGAUAAUAGACCAAGUGACUUGCGAAAAAUUCUGGUGGCGCAAUGCUCUCUACCUCAACUCCCUUUUUCCACGCUCUGAAAUGUGCAUGCUCUGGAGCUGGUACAUGGCCAAUGACACUCAAUUUUACGUCCUGGGGAUUUUGCUCCUGAUACUGAGCGUUAAAUAUUUCAAAGCUGUCUCUGUAGCGGUUGUGCUAUUGAUUGUCUCGUCUUGGUUUACUACUUUUACUGUCGCUUACUCCAAUGACUAUAUUGCCAGGAUACAAGAACCCUUCGCACUGUUCGACGAAUUAUACGACAAGCCAUGGCUAAGAGCAGGCCCCUACUUUAUCGGGACAAUAACCGGGUGGAUGUUAUUCAAAACAAACUGCAAGAUCCACACCCCUGGGUGGGCGAAAAUUAUCGGGUGGAUAAUUUCAAGCGGGAUAAUGCUCGCUGUUGUUUACGGUCUCUACCCCGGUAACAUGACAGUUACCGUGAGCUCCCUCUACGCGGCGCUGGGUCACACCGCAUGGGCACUCGCUGUUUCAUUCAUCGUCGUCCAGUGUUGCACCGGAUCAGCCGCUAUUGUUAAUAGUUUUUUGUCAUUAAGGCUUAUUUACCCGAUGUCACGGCUCACCUACUGCGCUUAUCUAGUUCAUCCUGUUAUCAUGAUGAUUACCAGCAUGCAAAUGGACGGGCCUUUGCAUAUACACAAUGGACUUGUUCUGACAGUGUACUUCGGUAACUUGGUGGCGUCUUAUCUGAUGUCCUUCUGCAUAUCCUUGGCCCUGGAAGCGCCGGUUGUAAAUUUACUAAAAAUAGCGUUCGCUUCAAACAAAAGAUCGCUAAAUCGAUAA